GAAUCUACCAUUCUUAUUUCUUAAUAUAGAGGAUAAUAGCAUUCCUUAACACUUUAUAUAUAAUCCUCCCAUCCAUUCCUCCUUUCAGUUCAUCAUCAUUCAUCCUACCUUUCAGUUCAUCAUCAUCCACCCUACCUUACAGUUCAUCCUCAACCUUCGUACCUUUCAGUUCGUCAUCAUCCAUCCAACCUUUCAGUUCAUCAUCCACCCCACCUUAAAGCUCAUCCUCAACCUUCCUACCUUUCAGUUCAUCAUCAUCCAUCCUACUUUUCAGUUCAUCAUCAUCCUUCCUACCAUACAGUUCAUCCUCAACCUUUCUACCUUUCAGUUCAUCCUCAACCUUCCUACCUUUCAGUUCAUCAUCAUCCAUGCUUUCAUCAUUCUUACCGUACUCAUCUUAUCAUCCUGUUAAAGCUUCUCCUCCUAUUUAUCAUUAUUACCCUACUCACCUUAUCAUCCCGUUAAACCUUCUCCUCCUGUUUAUUAUUAUUACCCUACUCAUCUUAUCAACCCGUUAAACCUUCUCCUCCUGUUUAUUAUUCUUACCCUACUCAUCUUAUAAUCCCGUUAAACCUUCUCCUGUUUAUUAUUCUUACCCUACUCAUCUUAUCAUCCUGUUAAACCUUCUCCUCCUGUUUAUUAUUCUUACCAAACUCAUCUUAUCAUCCUGUUAAACCUUCUCAUCCUGUUCAUCUUUCUUACCGUACACUUCAUAUCAUACUGUUAAACCUUCUCCUCCCAAUCAUCAUUACAACCCUACUCAUCUUAUCAUCCAGGUUAAACUUUCUCCUCCUGUUUAUUAUUCUUACCCUAUUCAUCAUAUCAUCCUGCGAAACCUUCUCAUGCUAUUCAUCAUUAUUACCCUACUCAUCAUAUCAUUCUGCUAAACCUUCUCCUCAUAUUCAUCAUUAUUACCCUACUCAUCAUAUCAUCCUGCUAAACCUUCUCCUCAUAUUCAUCAUUAUUACCCUAGUCAUCUUAUCAUCCUGCUAAACAUUCUCUUCAUAUUUAUUAUUCUUACCCUACUCAUCUUAUCAUCCUGUUAAACCUUCUCCUCCUAUUUAAUAUUCUUACCCUACUCAUCUUAUCAUCCUGUUAAACCUUCUCCUCCUGUUUAUUAUUCUUACCAAACUCAUCUUAUCAUCCUGUUAAACCUUCUCAUCCUGUUCAUCUUUCUUACCGUACACUUCAUAUCAUACUGUUAAACCUUCUCCUCCCAAUCAUCAUUACAACCCUACUCAUCUUAUCAUCCAGGUUAAACUUUCUCCUCCUGUUUAUUAUUCUUACCCUAUUCAUCAUAUCAUCCUGCGAAACCUUCUCAUGCUAUUCAUCAUUAUUACCCUACUCAUCAUAUCAUUCUGCUAAACCUUCUCCUCAUAUUCAUCAUUAUUACCCUACUCAUCAUAUCAUCCUGCUAAACCUUCUCCUCAUAUUCAUCAUUAUUACCCUAGUCAUCUUAUCAUCCUGCUAAACAUUCUCUUCAUAUUUAUUAUUCUUACCCUACUCAUCUUAUCAUCCUGUUAAACCUUCUCCUCCUAUUUAUUAUUAUUACCCUACUCAUCUUAUCAUCCUGUUAAACCUUCUCCUCCUGUUUAUUAUUAUUACCCUUACUCAUCUUAUCAUCCUGUUAAACCUUCUCCUCCUAUUGAUUAUUCUUACCCUACUCAUCUUAUCAUCCUGCUAAACCUUCUCCUCCUAUUUAUUAUUCUUACCCUACUCAUCUUAUCAUCCUGCUAAACCUUCUCCUCCUAUUUAUUAUUCUUCCCCUACUCAUCUUAUCAUCCUGCUAAACCUUCUCAUCCUAUUUAUUAUUCUUACCCUACUCAUCUUAUCAUCCGGUUAAACCUUCUCCUCCUGUUCAUCUUUCUUAUCCACUCACUAUUCUUCCUUCUCAUCCUGCAUAAUUAUCCUACUCUUCUUUUACUCAUCGUAUCAAUUCUAUUGAAUUCUCCUCCGUCCUUUACCUAAAAAAUAUUCAAGAAGUAUGUUAAUCUGGGUUUGCCUUCACUGUCUCCUGUUAGCCUUUACCUUUAGCUCUGCUAAAGUUCUCCACCUGGAUAAAUCUCUUCUCGUCAGCUGGAAGACAGACCAAGAAGUUGCGACAAUAAAUAUCAAAGCUGACAUUGGAACCCAGGACUGGGUUGGGGUUGGGUUCUCUGACUAUGGUUCUCUACCUGGAGCAGAUCUGUGUGUAUUCUGGAGGGACUGGACAGGCCAAAUCUUCUUCACAGAUGUUUCUGUUACUGCAGAUGGAUUAAUCAAAGAGGAUACAAUAAACCAUUGCCACGGGAUGAAAUGGAGACCUAAAGAGCGGAGAUCUAAAAAAAAGAAUUUAAGAAAUAUCUCGGAGUUUAAUAAUGUUCCGACUAUUGAGUAUGUUUACCAACGAAGAUUAUGGACCUGCGAUGAAGAGAGUUACAGGAUAGAGGAUGGAACAACACAUGUAGUUUGGGCGAUUGGUCAGGGUCCUCUCUACAAGCUUGAUGGACUUAAUAUUACUUCUUCUUUUAAUGUAAGGACUGGGAUGAGUAGAACAAGAUUCAUUGAUAUUCAGACUAUACCUGACCCUGGAGCAGAACCAUUGGUAUUCACGAACCAUAACCUGAGUAUUUCUAGCAAGGAUACAACUUACUUCUGUUCAGUAUUUAAACUUCCAAACAUUUUCAACAGGAAACAUCAUGUAACUGAAUACGGAGCAGAAAUAUCUACCGGAAAUGAGGAUGUAGUUCAUCAUAUGGAGCUCUUCCAUUGUCAAGAUGAACAGGAAUUUCCAUUAUGGAAUGGAGAAUGUGGAGAUAAGAAUGCUCCGGAAAUCUUGAAACGAUGUAAAAAGGUUUUAGCUGCUUGGGCGAUUGGAGCUGGUCCGUUCCUCUAUCCUGCAGAUGCUGGUCUUGCUAUUGGGGGACCAGGAUUCAGUCCGUAUGUGAUGCUUGAGGUUCAUUACAACAAUCCUUUAAGGAGAACAGGAAUCAUCGAUAGUUCAGGACUGAGAUUCAAAAUAUCCAAGGAACUGAGAAAGUAUGAUGCUGGUAUUCUUGAGUUAGGAUUAGAGUACAACAACAAGAUGGCGGUUCCUCCAGAGAUGAAGGAAUUUACAUUGACUGGUUCUUGUGUACAAGAGUGUACUGCAGUUAGCCUUCCUAAGUCAGGCAUCGUUAUUUUUGGAUCUCAGCUACAUACGCAUGGUGCAGGAAAAAGAGUUCAGACUACUCUGGUUCGAGGAGGGCGGGAAUAUAUUGUAAACAUUGAUAAACAUUAUUCAACACACUUUCAGGAGAUCAGAGAGCUGAUAAAGCCUGUACAUGUACUGCCUGGUGACAGUUUACUUACUUCUUGUUUAUAUUCAACUCUGAACAGAGAAAAUAUAACUUUAGGAGGAUUCGGGUUUACAGAGGAGAUGUGUGUAAACUAUGUUCAUUAUUACCCUAAAGCUCAAUUAGAGGUUUGCAAGAGUUCUGUAGAUACAGACGACCUCUAUGAAUAUUUUGAUAAGCUGAACCAAGAUGAAGGUCAGGAGACUAACAAGGAUAAAUCUGUAGAGGAGAACUAUAGAAGUAUCAGAUGGAACAAGAAAAGGUCUGGAGACCUUGGAACUCUGUACACACAGGGAACUCUGUCUAUGCAGUGUAUGCGGGGAACAGGAGAACCAUUCCCAGGAACAUGGAACCAGGUUCCUCAGGUAAAAGUUGUUGAGCCUUUUAAAGCAGAUACGGACAAAUGCGCAAAUAACAACAAAAAUCGCGUAAGAGAGGAAAAACGAAAUUUGAAGAAAAAAUCAUUAGAUGACGACCUUCCAUAUACUCCUUUGCUUAAACGAGAUAAACCAAGGAUGAAAAGGAUGGAACAUGAUCACAAUCAUAUGCAAAAACGACUUUUUAAUAAGUUUGCUGACACUUGGGAUGAUUACGGUUUAUGGGGUGUAGAUAAACGCAAUCAGGAUGAUCUAGCAGAUACAGAUCAAGAGGAUGAUUUCGAUGAUGAUGAAGAGUAUGUUGAUAAUCUUGAUGAAGAUGUUGUUGAGAACCCGUAUCUGGAAACCUACGACGAUGAUUUGUUUUCCAGUAAAAAAAGAAUGCUGGGAAGCAUGUAAAAAAUUAAAAGAAAUAUUUCAUUUUGAAAGUUGAGACAUCAAUUGAGGCUGGUAUUUAAAUGUUAUAAAUACUUAAACUAGAUUAAACAAGGCUUAACUUUUUAUUCACGUUAGCAUGCAAGUUAGACAAUUUGUUUAAAUUCUGAAAUAUCUUGCACAAUGAAACAUUUUUAACUUGUUAUGAAUAUAUAAA